CACAACAAGGUGCAUAACAUCCAAAAUUUACAUUCGCCCCUGGACUUGGUUGGGAUUGAGAAUGAGCGGGUUCGAUUCACUGUUGGGAGUUGGUGGCGGAGAGAUAAAGGAGGAGGAGCACCCGUAUGACGUUGCGCCGUGCUCUUCCCUCGCCGUUUAUGCAACCCUCAACGUCGGAGCGGCCGGUACCAUUUGGGGUUUAAGCUACGCUCCCCAGGAUGCUCGUAAAUUCGGCCUGACUGGAAUAAAUCGAGCUGGUUUUGUGGCAAAGCAGGUUGCCAAGUCUACCUUGCAAUGUGCAUUGAUUGGUGGAGUUUGUGCUGCUACUCACUGUGGAAUUAAAAGAUAUCGGGGAAAGGAUGAUUGGGUGAAUGGUUUGGUUUCUGGGGUUGUGACAGGGGUAGCCUUUACUGCUGUAUCAAGAAACUGGAGACAGCUGAUUCCUACAGUUUGUCUCAUUUCUGCCUUGAGAAUCUCCGUGGACCAUCGUAGAAAAGAUGUGUGUGCUUCUUGAUGGAAGACUAGCAGAGAGGUUGUUCUCUCCCUAAACUUGUGUCCAGAUUAGCAUUCAUGAUCAGCAAGUGAUCAUUGUAUGACAAUUAAGUUCUUUGUUGUAGUUCUCAUUCUCAUCACGAAAAUAGUAGCUGGAACCAAAGAG